UCUUCCCAAUAUCAUCCCCACUCCAUUAAAGCUCAUCAAUAUUUAUAUAAAUAAAAAAGAGAAUUUAUAAAUAAUUAUAUACAUACAUACAAAUUAUAUAUAAGAGAGAAAAAUGGGAACAAUGGUUGAUGAAUAUUAUGAUCAUGAAAAAGAACUUGAUGCUGGUGCCCUCUUUGUUCUUAAAUCCAAAGGAUCAUGGGUGCAUUGUGGUUACCACUUGACAACCUCAAUUGUAGCUCCACCAUUGUUAAGUCUUCCAUUUGCCUUUGCUUCACUUGGAUGGUGGGUUGGAAUUCUAUGUUUGGUAAUUGGAGCUCUUGUAACAUUCUAUUCAUAUAACCUCUUGUCGAUGGUCCUCGAACACCACGCUCAGCUAGGUCGCCGCCAUCUCCGCUUUCGCGACAUGGCCAACGACAUUUUAGGACCAAGAUGGGGCAGAUAUUAUGUUGGACCCAUUCAAUUUAUGGUUUGCUAUGGUGCAGUAAUAGGCUCCACUCUUCUAGGAGGACAAUGUAUGAAGGCAAUUUACUUGCUUUUAAACCCUAAUGGAGCUAUGAAGCUAUAUCAAUUUGUAGUCAUAUUUGGUGGCCUAAUGUUGAUUUUAGCUCAAAUGCCAUCAUUUCACUCUCUUAGACACAUCAACUUAAUUUCUCUUUUACUUUGCAUUGCUUAUAGUGCUUGUGCCACUGCUGGUUCCAUUUACAUAGGAAAUUCGUCCAAGGGACCUGAUAAGGACUAUUCGAUUAGCAACGAUAAGGAAACGCGCAUUUUUGGAAUUUUUAAUGCAAUAGCUAUUAUUGCCACCACAUUUGGAAAUGGCAUAAUUCCUGAAAUUCAGGCAACGAUAGCGCCUCCGGUGAAAGGAAAGAUGUUCAAAGGGCUUUGCAUAUGUUAUGCAAUGCUUUCAACAACUUUCUUCAGUGUGGCCAUUUCUGGAUAUUGGGCAUUUGGGAACCAAGCUGAGGGCCUCAUUCUAAGCAACUUUACAAAAAAUGGCCACAAUUUAGUCCCAAAGUCAUUUAUCUUCAUAACCAACAUCUUCACCAUUCUUCAAUUGUCUGCUGUUGCUGUGGUAUACUUGCAACCAACAAACGAAGUACUCGAAAGGACAUUUGCAGAUGCCAAGAGCAGUGAAUUUUCCACAAGAAAUAUGAUCCCACGCUUAAUUUCUCGAUCAAUUUCAGUCAUCAUAUCAACGAUAAUCGCAGCAAUGCUUCCAUUUUUUGGUGACAUCAAUGCAAUAAUCGGGGCAUUUGGUUUCUUGCCCCUUGACUUUGUGUUGCCUGUGAUAUUCUUCAAUUUGACAUUCAAACCAUCAAAAAAGAGACCAAUUUUUUGGCUUAACAUAGCAAUAGCAGUGUUUUUUUCAGGCUUAGGAGUCAUAGCAGCAGUUGCUGCUGUUAGACAAAUUAGUCUUGAUGCAAAAACAUAUCAAUUAUUUGCAAAUGUCUAAGUAAAAGAACACUAUGAUGUUUGGAUGUAUUGUUUAUGAUACGUGUUUGACAGAA